AUGGCCACCUACACAAUCAUGGACAACUCAACCUCCACCCUUCCGCCACUUCCGACUUACACGAUCAAACCUCUACCCUCCCUCCUACCCUACAUAUCUGAUGCGCACCUCUCGUUAGCACUGCCCAUAGUAGCUUACUGGGGCGUAUCAAUGAUCUUCCACUUCAUCGACGAGUGGGACCUCUUUCCACAGUACCGACUACAUACCCCAGCCGAAGUGCUCAAGCGGAACCACGUCAGCAGAUGGCACGUCCUCCGUGAUGUGGUUAUACAGCAGAUAAUUCAGACCGUGUUCGGACUGGGACUGGCUUUCGUAGAUCCGCCUUCGACUUUUGGGAAGGAGGAUUAUGAUGUUGCUCUUUGGGCGCAGAGAAUCAGGCUUGCAGAGAGGGCUGUACCGGCUGUGCUGGGAAUGGUUGGAGUGGAUGCUGCGGGAUUGGCGAAGAGCGUCGGGAGUGGACAUGCUAUGCUGGGCAGUGUGCUGCUGGGUGGACAGUAUCCGGAUCUGAUGCAAACGGUCGUCUCGAAUGGGCAAGCAAUCGCAGCUCCAGCCUCUGCGCAGUGGGAGCUUCUAGCCGCGAAGACGAUCUAUCACGCUUUGAUCCCGGUCUGCCAAUUCCUGCUGGCCAUCUGCAUUGUCGACACAUGGCAGUAUUUCCUCCACCGCGCAAUGCAUAUGAACAAGUACCUGUACACGACCUUCCACUCUCGACACCACAGGCUCUACGUUCCCUACGCAUACGGCGCACUCUACAACCAUCCAGUCGAAGGUUUCGCCCUGGACACUCUAGGCACAGGACUCGCAUACUUGAUAUCUGGCAUGACAGUCCGCCAAUCGAUCUGGUUCUUCACAAUGUCCACGAUCAAGACCGUAGACGACCACUGCGGGUAUGCAUUUCCAUGGGACCCCCUCCAGCAUCUCACCAGCAACAACGCCGGAUACCACGACGUGCACCACCAAAGCUGGGGCAUCAAGACGAAUUUCAGCCAGCCAUUUUUCACAUUCUGGGAUGGUCUACUAGGCACGAAAUGGGUUGGGGGAGACGUCAGUGCACGAUACGAGCGUGCGCGCUUGGCUGCGCGGAAAAAGGCCGAUGCGGAGAAGCCUUUGACACAACAGCAUGAGACGGCGCCCGAGAUAUUACCACAAAAGGCAGCGCAACAGGCAGCUUUCUCACAGAAAUGCGUCCUCGCCGAUACCUCUGCAGCAGGUGGGCGGAACGUUCUGGUAGAGGAAGCGGCAGAGGAAGUCAAGGCGAGAAGGGAAGUGAGAAGGAGUCCGCGGAAAAGAGUCAUGACCAACUCGGGCCUCAAGGGCUUCGCGGAUAGAGUUGGCGAGAGCUUGCAUGGGAAGAGUUCGGGGGUCUUGAGUGUAGAUGGUGGAAGGCGGUAA